CCUUAUAUUCUCCCUCCCCCUCUCUUCGAGCAAGUCCUUCACAGAUUGUUGGGUCAGUGACUCUCAUUAUUCUUCACAAGCCAGCGUCUUCUUCCGCUGGAGCUCCUGAAUGGACACACUCACCUGCUGCCAGUAUGCCACACAUGACGUCUAGAAGCAACAGUUGUGAGCAAACAGAAGAUACAUGUUCCGUAAAGGACACUGAUUUAGAUGGUGAAGCUUCUCUGGAGCAAAUAUAAGAAGUAUCUCCUUUUCCAAGAGGAGUCCUCCCCUGCUAACGCUAUGGAGAGCAGGUGGUUCCUUUUGCUCUUUGUCCUGCACAUGAGAGGCACCUGCUGCUCUUUUGUCAAAGUGAAUAAUGGAAUUAAAGUGAUGAAGGGUCAGUCGGUCUUCUUGUCCGAAGAGGAUUUGCAGUUUUCCAUCCCCAGAGAGAAGGAUGCUUGCAAAGUUGAAGUUGUGAUGAAUGAGCCAAUCACACAAAGGGUUGGGAAGUUAACCCCACAGGUAUUUGACUGCCAUUUUCUUCCCAAAGAAAUAAAGUACACACACAAUGGAUGUCCAAUUCUUGAUGAAGACUUAGUCCUGCUGAGGUUAUAUAGAUUUACAGAAACAGAAACGUUCACAGAGUUAAUCACCCUUCCUGUCAAGUUACUUGAGCCAGACUGUAACAUUAUCAAGAUGGGCUCCAAUGUUCUGGAAGUCCCUGAAUUUCGUGGCUUAUCUGAUGUAAUUAACAAGAACAUAAUUACUUUGGACUAUAACGAGAAGAUAAACUUGAAGUGUACUAUAAGCCUCAUCUCCUCAGAAACCUACCUACCAUCCCAUGGUCAGCUUGUUGUUGGAGAAGCCAAGAAAGAAGAACCUCGUGGAGAUCAACCUCGUAGUUUCUUCCCAACAUCUCGUUUGAAGAUUAUUCAGAACCUCCAAGUAAGUUGUGAGGAUUUCCUCCUGAUGGACCUUAGAUACCAGCAUUUGAAUCCUCCUUCACCCAGCAUUGAUUACAUUCCCAUCAGGCUGGAUCUCACUGACAGAAGAAGCAAGACUGCAUACAAGUCUGAGCAUGCCUGGCUGCCGGUUUACAUCAGAGGUGCGGUUUCUAAUCAGGUGCCACACGCUUCCUUCAUGGCCCUGUUCAUCCUGGAAGCAGACCAGUUCAUUCUGAGCCCCUUGUCGACAGCCAUACUGGAUGCUGAAGAUAGUGAGACACCCAAAUCUAUGCUGGUCUUCAACAUCACUAGGCCACCCCAAGAGGGCUACAUCACACACCUGGAGGACCACACCAAGCCGGUAUCAUCCUUCACAUGGAACAGUCUCAACAACAUGCUUAUUGCCUAUCAGCCUCCAAACAGCAGCCACACAGAGAGGAGGAAUUAUGAGGUGGAAUUUGAAGUUCAUGACUUGUACUUUGAGAGGAGUUUGCCAAUUACUCUUUAUGUAUCUGUUAGAACAGCAGAUACAAAUGCCCCUCGGGUUUCUUGGAAUACAGGUCUUGAUCUUCUGGAAGGGCAGUCUCGCCCUAUAACAUGGAAGCAAUUUCAGAUUGUAGACAAUGAUGAUAUCAAUGGAGUCCGCUUAGUCAUCGUUGAUGGUUUGCAGCAUGGACAGCUCACUGUAAGAGGAGGAAAAGGUUUUAUGUUUACUGUCUCUGACCUCAAGGCUGGUGUGGUUCGUUACCAUCAUGACGACAGUGAUUCCACAAAGGAUUAUAUUGUCUUCAGGAUCUUUGAUAACCACCACAGCAGCCGCCACAAGUUUCCAAUCAACAUUCUCCCUAAAGAUGACAGCCCUCCAUUCCUCAUCAGUAAUGUUGAGAUAGAGGUACAUGAAGGACAAGUGGUGCUGAUCCAAGGGUCAAUGCUUCAGGCCUCUGACUUGGACUCUAGUGAUGACUACAUACUCUUUAAUAUCACCAGAUUGCCACAGGCGGGAGAAAUCAUGAAGAAACCUGGACCGGAUCUCAUUGGUUAUCCAAUCACUAAGUUCCUUCAGAAAGAUCUGUUUAAUGGGAGAAUUUACUAUCAUCACGGAGGAGGAAAAAUAUUUGAAGAUUCAAUUGAGCUGGUUCUCUGUGAUAGCCACGAUCCUCCCAAUCGUUCAGAAACUCAAGUGGUAAGAGUGCACAUAAUUCCUGUGAAUGAUCAGCUUCCCAAAGAAGUUUCAGGUGUGAGCCGGCAUCUAACUGUCAAGGAAACAGAGAUUGCCCAUCUAACAAAGAAACACCUUGAUUUCACAGACACAGAAGCACAGGAAAGGGAGCUCAUUUAUACCAUAACUUCUCCCCCUUUCUUUUCUUCUUUGCCUGAUCACACAGAUGCUGGAAAAUUGUUUAUGGUAGACAGUAUUCCAAAGCUGAUCAAGGAUCCUGCAAUGCCAUCAUUGAGAUCAUUUACUCAGCAUGCUAUAAACCACAUGAAAAUUGCCUACAUGCCACCUUUGGAAGAUAUUGGUCCAGAGCCUCAGUUUAUCCAGUUCAUUUUCUCAGUCAGCAAUCAACAUGGUGGGACUUUGCGUGAUAUCUGUUUUAACAUUACUGUUCUCCCAGUGGAUAAUCAAGCUCCAGAGGUGCUUACAAGUAACCUUAGUGUGCAGGAAGGAGGCCUGUGUACUAUUACAGAGGACCACAUUUUGAUUUCUGACAGAGACACCAGACUAGAAGACAUUCACUUCCAUCUUCUAAAGGCACCUCUCCAUGGGUCUGUUGAAGUCGAUGGAAUUCCUGUGAGUCAAGGUCAUUGGCUGACCUGUGAAGACCUGCACAUGUCCAAAGUCAGAUAUCGCCAUGAUGGUUCAGAAAUCCCUCAGGAUUAUAUCCUGCUUGCUGCUACAGAUGGUGUCAAUUCCUUUGAAUUUACCCUACAUGUUGAGGUGAUCCCUGUGAAUGAUGAGCCUCCUGUCAUGGAUACUGACCUCAUUCCCUUCAUGCUAUGCCCAGAAGGUCAGGCAGUGUCCAUUACCUCAGAAUAUCUUUAUGCUACCGAUGCAGAUACUGAAGAUAUGCAGCUGAUGUUCAUGCUGCCUCGACUUCCUAAACAUGGGGCUGUGAAGAAAGAUGGAAUUGUGGUUGAUCAUUUCUCCCAAGCAGAUGUUGUUUCUGGAGCCGUGGCAUAUGAACAUACGAGUGGUGAGAUUGGCUUGGAUCCUUUAUUUGAUAUCCUUACCUUUGUUGUCUCGGAUGACGAAAUCAGCCCUGAUGCAAAUACUUGUUGUUAUGACAAAUCGCCAUCUCCUGCCAUGCCACUUCAUAAAACCUUUCCAGUGUAUGAUCUUAACAUCACCAUAUUUCCAGUGGACAAUCAACCACCCUCUGUUGCUACCGGGGCCACAUUUGUUGUGGAUGAGGGGUCUUCAGCUACCGUUACAAUGAGCCACUUGUAUGCCACUGAUCCUGACACCCAGGCAGAUGACUUGCUGUUUGUUUUAGCAUCACCUCCCCAGUUUGGGUACAUGGAAAAUAUAUUACCUUCCCCUGGCUUUGAGAAAAGCAAUGUAGGGAUAAGUAUUGCCUCAUUCCAGUUGAGAAAUGUGAAGGACCUGCACAUAAAUUAUGUCCAGAGCAGGCACAGGAGGACUGAACCAACCACAGACCAAUUUAUGCUUUAUGCUACUGACGGAAAACAGCGUUCAUUGGAGAUACCAUUUUAUGUUUUAAUCACUCCAACCAAUGAUGAAGUCCCAGAAUUCACAGCAAGGAAUAUUACGGUGGAAGAGGGGCAGAUGAAAGAACUGGACCCUUCGGUAAUCAAUGUUAUGGAUCUUGAUGUACCCCAAGAUGCCCUGAUGUUUACUGUCCUCCAACAACCGCACCAUGGACUCCUUGUAAAUGGGAUAUAUGGCAAUGAUACCAUCCAUUACAGACAGGCAAUUAACAGUCACCACCAUCAUGAAAUUCCUGUGCGUUCCUUCCCCAUGGAGUUUUUAAAAAAUGGAAUGCGGCUGAUGUACAUGCAUGAUGAUUCUGACAGCUUAGCUGAUGGUUUUUCAAUCCAGCUCUCAGAUGGGAAACAUACAGUGUCAAAAACCAUUUUGGUAGAGGUCAUUCCAGUUAAUGAUGAGAAACCAGUGCUGAGCAAGAAGGGUAAGAUAAAGGUGAAUAUGGGGAAAGCCCAAAUUAUUUCUACUGCUGUCCUGUCAGCUGAAGAUAAAGACACCCCCAGGGAACAAAUUUAUUAUUUAUUUGAUAGAGUCCCAGAGAAUGGGCAUCUUCAGCUCAAGGUAGGUCAUGAAUGGGUAACACUCCAGAAUGGGAUGAAGUGCACCCAAUGGGACAUAGACAUGAACUCCGUGAGAUAUUUACAUACUGGAACAAUUGGCUCGAAGGAGCAAGACAGUUUUGAGUUUCACCUGUGGGAUGGAAAUAACCUAUCGCCAGUGGUGGUUUUCCCAAUUGUCAUCAAGGACAUAGACAAGGGAAACAUUGCAGUUUUUGUCAGGACGCUCACCGUGCUGGAAGGUGGCAGAGGCCUCUUGAGGACUGAUGUCCUCCUUGCAGUUGAUGGCAGUGAGAAGCCAGAGGAGCUCCUCUAUGUGAUCACGUCCCCACCUCAGUAUGGGCAGAUGGAAUAUGUCAGCUAUCCGGGAAUCGCCAUUACAAGUUUCAGCCAAAUGGAUGUAGCUGGCCAGGCAGUCUGCUACGUACACAAUAGUAAGGCAUCCUCUCCCAGGGAUAUGGUCAGAUUCAUCGUCAGCAAUGGCCCAAGAACUAAACAUGGAGAGCUUGAGAUCAUCUUGGAGUCGGUGGAUCGAACCAUACCCACAGUGGCCAAGAACAAAGGGUUAAGAUUAGAGGAAGGUGGCAUGGCAUUCCUUUCUCCUGAUGUUCUCCAGCUUUCAGAUCCAGACACAGCUCCACAAAACCUUUCCUUUCUCCUGGCACAGCUUCCACAACAUGGCCAGCUUUGCAACAGAGCGUCUGGAUUAUGGCAGCAAAGCUUCAGCCAGCAAGAUGUGAAUGAUCUGAAUGUGGUAUACAGGCAUGAAGGAGGGACUUCUCGGAUUGACAAAUUUACUUUUGUGGCAACAGAUGGAGUGAACCAAGGCUUCAUUGUAAAUAACAAGGUGCAAGUAGAGCCCCUGGCAUUUGUCAUUCAGAUGGAUAGCCCGGUAAAAACUGGGCCAAGAAUCAUACACCUUCGUAGUGCUUCCAACGUGGAACUUCUAGAAAAUGGGAAAUAUGGCAUUUAUAUUACCAUCCGGUCACUGAAAGCAUCAGAUUGUGAUACAGAUGAUGACCAAAUCAUUUUUAAGAUUUUACGGGAACCUCGAUAUGGCUACCUGCAAAAUGCAACAUCAGGCAAUUUUAUUCAGGAAGGAUUCCGCCAGAAGGAUUUAACUACUAAGACUAUCCUGUAUGUCAUUGACCCUUACAAGAAGAGGAAUUCAGACAACUUAGAGAUUCAAGUUACUGAUCCUGAAGGAAACUCAGCUGACCCUCAAACGCUGGAAGUGGAAUGGUCUACAAUUGAAAUGCAACAAGAUGUUUAUGAAGUUUGUGAAAAUGUGGGUGUUCUGCCUGUGAAAAUUAAACGAUUGGGCCAUGUCACAGAUUCUGCUUUUGUUGCAGUAAAGGUCAAUGAAGUGACAGCUUUAUCAGGAAGGGAUUUUACAGUAGCUCCUUCCCAGCUUGUUCAGUUUGAUCCAGGAAUGUCAACCAAGAUGUGGAAUAUAGCAAUUACCUAUGAUGGAUUAGAGGAAGAUGAAGAGGUCUUUGAAGUAGUUCUCAUCUCCCCUGUGAAUGCUGUUCUUGGCAGCAGGACAAAAGCUGUAGUGAAAAUUUUGGACUCGAAAGGAGGUCAGUGCCACUCAUCCCAUCCCUCCAGCCAAAACGGUCACAACUUAUGGAUGAAAGGGAUGUUGCUUCCAGGCUCCUCUUCAUCUUCCAGGCAUGGCAUUGUUCACUUGGAAGGGAUCCCAAUGUCUCUUUCCAAAGAGAUGGCAAUAGAGAGAAGAGACAAGCUAACAAAAUUCAUCUCGGUAAAUCUUUCAAGGAGCAGGCUAAGGCCUGUUGGAAAUCGCAAAACAGUCCAUCCUUCUUCUCUGUUUAGAAAUGGCACUGAUGUGUUUUUUAAAGCCCAGAGCCUUUCCUUCCCAAAGAGCUGCACAUUGGAUGUGAAGGGUUUCUUUCAUUUUGAAGAAAGCACCCAGAAGAUGUAUCAAUGUGAUGGAAUUUCUUGGACAUUGUGGACUAACCCAAACAAGGAUGCUUCUGUGAAACCAUGUCCUCCUGAAUGGAGCCAUCAUGAUGGAAGAUGCUAUGUCCUGAUCACUGAUCCAAAAGCCAAGUGGACUGUAGCUGCCCAGAGUUGCAGGAGAAAGUAUCAUGGCAGUUUAGUAAGUGUGACUUCAACAUCGCAAAUGAAAUGGCUGUGGAACUUCAGUGGAAGGAGAUCUUUCUGGAUAGGCUUGAGCGAUCACAGAAAACCGGGCCUAUUAGAAUGGAAUGAUGGAGAGCAGGUUGUUUUCAUGAACUGGAGAAAAGACCCACCUCGCCUUCCAAAGAAACGGAGGAGUUGCAUUUUAGUACAACAGCAGGGGAAGUGGCGACGAAAGGACUGCAGGAGCGGAAGAGGACACAACUAUAUUUGCUCUAGGAAAAUAUAAGGAAAACUAACAUGCAGCCUGACCUUCUUUGUUUAUAAUACAACAUAUUUAUUUGCAGUUGGAAGGGGUGCUGGAAGGGAUCAAAAACAGAGUCAGGCAUUUCUCUAUAAUAGGCUUCAUAUGGAGAGCUGGUUCAAAUGUGGCAUUUUUCAUGCCACCCACUCAACAUUCUCUCUCUCCCUUUUUCUAGUGUGUGCAGUAUGUCAGGUAUGCAUAAAGAACCAACUUUGCUCCAAAGUUUCUUUAGAUCACCCUUCUUUCAGAAAAUACAAAGUACAAAGAAAGUUAGAGAAGAACUCUGUAGAAGAACUCUGGGGUUAUGUAAACAUUAUUAUAUAGCAGGACCCCCGUAUCCGAUGGACCAAUCUGUGAAAAUCUGUGGUUUCACUUACCCACUGUUUGCAGCAGUCCUAUAUACAACACACAAGGGUGUCCCCUUGUGGCCUUUGUCCCACAUCUUUUUAUGUUUUACAUAAGAUUCCCUCAUACCUGCGGUUUCAGACAUCCACAGCAGAUUAUGGAACUGAUACAGGUGUUAUAGUGUAUAUGCUACUUUCUUUAUAUUUCCUGAACAAAACAGUACCUUAACUCUUUGAUUUUGAAAGAAUGUCCUGAUGUUUAAAGUUUGUAAAAGGUGUUUAAAACCAGCUAUAGUUAUUUCUGAGACAAGAAAAGUCAGCAUCACAUAAGUUCAGUUUCACUCAGGAGAGAAACAAGAAAAUGUGUUAAAAGCUGGAAUAGGCUAGAAUGAGCACUUGAUGACUAUUGGGGAGUAAUGGACCCAUAUCAAAACAACAUUUUUGAAAUUAAACAUAGCAAAUGUUGCUCUUUUCUAUACCUUUUAAUAACCCCAAGGCAUAGCAGAACAGAAUGGAUUGCAAUGCCCAUAUCUGGGUAGGAGGACAGGUCAACCAAAUUCACUAGUUACAUAUGAUUAGAGAGAUGCAAAUGAAACAUGAGCCAUACUCCAGUACCUGUUUUGGACCAGAAAUUGAUUUUGUGGAAAACUGUCCAGGAUGGCAACUUCCACAUAGGACAAAUCACCCAAAUUCACCAUUCACAUGCAACAAGAGAGGGUGGAUGCAACCAGCCACAAAACAUCCCAAGGAACCACAGUCUACUAUCUAUCCUAGGCAGAAAACUGAUGUUCUGGAAAACAUCCCAGAAAGGCAUCUUCUGAGUAGUACAAACCAACCAAAUUCACAUUCAAUUAGGAGGGACUGAUACAACAAAAUAUUUGAAGGAACUACACUCUAGUGUCUGUUCCAGGCAGAACAUGGGCAUUCUGAAAAACAACUCAGGAUAAUAAUAAUAUAUCUCAGAACUGCAUAGAUGGAAGGGACCCU